AACACGCUCUUCCCUCUUUUGCCCUCAAACACAUUCAUCCAUCAAACACACAUAGAUUCUACGAUUAAUCGUCCCUUUGUUCUCUCUUCCCACAUCCGAACAACUCCAGCGCCGAUCAUCUCCUCCCAUCGCCGACUAAAAAUCCGCCAACCUCUUCCCGUUGUUGACCUCGGACAGCGUAGCUGCCCCCAUCUUCGACCACACACACACGAGUCUUCAAUAACGCCAUCGUCGCCAGUGAUGGUAUCCGCCCUCGACAGCGCCGGCGAUAGCCACUAAACCGCCUUCAUGCACUAGUUAAAAAGGUUCAACAACCCAACAAGAUCUGUUAGAUGAGAAUCUCGAAGCCAAAAUCUGUGAUUUUGGUUUGUCAAAAUUUCGUGCAAGAAACCAGGAAGAUAGCCAAGUUCAUACAAAGGUCGCGGGCACAAAAUUUUACAUGGAUCCGGUUUACAACGAAAGAAGCAGCCUCACGAAAGAGUCAGAUGUUUACUCCUUUGGAGUGGUUAUGUUCGAAAUGUCAAGUGGCACACUCGUUUAUAAUCCAAAGUGCUUUGGAGAUGAUGAUAACCCACAAUAUCUCAUUAAUGUGGUCCGGAGCGUCUAUGAUGAUGUAAAAAAGGCAGCCGAUCCAGACAAGUUAAUCGAUCCUAUUAUUAGAGAUGGUAUUAAUUUGAAGUCUUUUCAUACAUUUAAUAAAAUUGCACAUGAGUGCGUUAGCCUGGACUUACAGAAACGUCCACCGCUAGCUAGGAUCAUCCGGAAGAUUGAGCUUGCACUAAAGAUUCAAUUAAACCACCAUGAAUCACCUUCCACCACUACCACACGAAGCCUAGACACUUAUCUAAUUCCACUUGAGGAUAUAAACUUGGCAACCAAUAACUUCAGUAGGGAAACAUAUAUUCAAGACUAUGGAUAUGGAGUAGGUCAUAGAGGACAACUCUAUGGACGGUGGCAAAACCGCACGAUCAACCGAUUAACUCGGAAAAGCUACCCAGGAGAGAAGGAAUUCAAUAAGGCGCUCCAGAUAGUGUCUAGUUUUCACCAUCAAAACAUAUCCCGUUUCAUUGGUUACUGUGUAGAAGGCGAUGAGAGGAUUAUAGUUCAUGAAUAUUCUGUCAACGGGAGCCUUUCUAGUUACCUCAAUGACUCCAAAAAGAGAAGGCUUCUGACAUGGGCACAACGCUUGAAGAUUUGCAUAGGGGUAGCAAGAGCACUUCUGUACCUUCAUUUGACUCUUGGGGAGGACAACGAAGCAAUAACCGGAAACAUUAUGUGCAAUAAUAUAUUGUUGGAUGAAAGUAUGGAAGCGAAAAUUUGUUUUUUUAGUUUGUCAAGUCAAGGAUAUUCCACAAGACUGGGACCACGUGAACACAUAUCAAAUAUGUUCUCAUUUGGCAAGAUAAUGUUUGAAAUGUUGAGUGGAGGCAGACCUUAUGCACUAGAGGGAGAUGUUGAGCCAGGAAAUGAAAUAGAUCUACUUCUAGAUUACUAUGACAACAAUGAACUCGACCAAUUCAUUGAUAAAUAUAUAAGAGAUCAGAUUGAUGGCCGAUGUUUGAAGAUAUUUAAAGAAACUGCAUAUCGGUGCAUAAUGAGGGGCAGGUGGUUAGUAAGGAGCUUUCAGCCAGGAGGUCGUGGGAUGAACCGAAUUGCAGCCCGCAGGGAUCGGGGUGCUCGCAUUACCAUGGAUGAAGUCGUUGAGAAGCUUGAGGAUGCGGCGGAUUUUGAAUGAAAUGGAAACUAGCGACAGCAUGGACAAAACAACUUUCAGUGUUUUUUUUUUUUUUUUCUUAACGAUAAUUUUCAAAAUAUAAUGGUACUGUUUUUUAGUUGGUCUUUAAAAAUUGGUGAUAAUCUUUUAUGUGUGAUCAAUAUAUAUGUGAUUCUAUUACUUUAUCCAAAAUUUUAGAUUACAUUUUC